CUGAGGCUGCUUCUGCUCUUCACUUUCUCUACAACUUUUCCCUCACUUUCCUUCAGGGCCGCUAGCUCUUUCUAUUUUCUGUAAUAUUACUUACUCUUUUUAGCUAAAUUCCCAUUUAGAGUUUCAAGCACAUAUAUGGCAUCAAGCCCUUUCAGUUCUUCAAGUACUGGUUCUAACUCCUCAUGGACACCAAAACAAAACAAGCAAUUCGAGCAGGCUCUGGCUUUCUACGACAAGGACACCCCAGACCGCUGGCAAAAUGUUGCAAAGGCUGUGGGUGGGAAAUCUGCAGAGGAAGUUCGAAGGCAUUACGAGGUUCUUGUCCAGGACCUGAAGAACAUAGAAUCUGGCCAUGUCCCCCUGCCCAAUUACAAAACCAGCACUGCAAAUACUGGGAGCAAUGGCAGACUAGGAUUUGGAGACGAGCAGAUCAGGUCGCUCAUGAAGAAUCUAAGGCUAUAA